AUGUCGAACCCGCGAUGCAUAGACGCCGUCAUAUCGGCUGCGAAGGACCUUGUCCACGGUAGUGUCGCCAAAGAUCGUAUCAUCAUUCAGACAAUGACGGUAGAAGACAAGAAAUCUGUCAUGGUGGAGCUUGCCCGUUCGAGCCGCGGCGGGGAACUCGCAGGUCUGCGUGUAUGGAUGGGCUGUGAGGGAAGCACAAGGCCGCUCGUCUGGGAUUGUUCUCACGAUGGCAUCGGCGUGUUCACACUUUGGGACGCAAUGCACAUCGAACAUGAUCAACGUCGCGGCCACGAGGGCGAAGUCGGUUCCACUUUGUCUUCGGGAACAUCCUGUGCAUCGAGGAUAUGA